CCGCCUCUGAGGGGGCGACCCCCCCCCCGACCCCCCCCACCCCCCCCCCCGCGCUCACCGGGCGGCGGCUCCGAACGAGCACGGGCGGGAGGGGGGGGGCGGGGGGACCCCCGGGAGGGGCUGCGGGGAGGGGGACCCGCCGGCGGGCCCGCCCGAGGCCCAGCGCCGCCUCACGGCCUCGCCGCCAUCGCCUCAGCUCCUGUGAAGGUUUCCUGGGAGCACAGACCAGCCUCAGGAGCUGCCUAGAUGUGAGGGCUUUGCUUCAGCAGACACUUCAGCCUCUGUACCAUGAGGGUGAAAUUCUGCCAAGCUGUUUCAAUGUGCUGCAGAGAGCAAAAUGUGGAGCACGUGGCCCAGGAUAUGCAACUCCUCUGGAUGCCAUGAAAGGUCCCCGGGAGGAGAUUGUGUACUUGCCUUGUAUCUACAGGAACACGGGCAUCGACAGGCCUGACUACCUGGCCACUGUGGAUGUUGAUCCCAAGUCUCCACACUACUGCCAGGUGAUCCACCGCCUGCCCAUGCCCAACCUGAGGGACGAGCUCCACCACUCGGGGUGGAACAGCUGCAGCAGCUGCUUUGGAGACACCACCAAGAGCAGGAACCGCCUGAUUCUCCCAAGCCUGAUCUCCUCUCGGGUCUACGUGGUGGAUGUAGGAACAGACUCGAGAGCUCCUAGAAUCCAUAAGAUUGUUGAGCCUGUGGAGUUAUUCUGGAAGGGGAACGUGGCCAACCCUCACACCUCACACUGCCUGAGCACUGGUGACAUCUUGAUCAGCUGUCUGGGAGAUCCUUCUGGCAAUGGAAAAGGUAGCUUUAUCUUGCUGGAUGGAGAGACCUUUGAAGUGAAAGGAAAUUGGGAGAAGGGGGGAAAGGUGCCCUCCCUGGGUUAUGAUUUCUGGUACCAGCCACGACACAAUGUCCUGAUGAGCACAGAAUGGGGAGCCCCCAAAGUCCUGGCAGAUGGAUUCAACCCGGCUGAUGUGGAGAGAGGGCAUUACGGCCGCUGCAUUAACGUGUGGGACUGGAGCACCCACACCCUCCUGCAGUCCAUCGACCUGGGGAAGGGCUCCAUCCCCCUGGAGAUCCGGUUCCUCCACGACCCAGAUGCUGCUCAGGGCUUUGUUGGGUGUGCCCUGAGCGGGGCCGUGCACCGGUUCUACAAGACCCAGAAAGGAGACUGGGCAGCAGAGAAGGUGAUCCAAGUACCCAGCAAGAAGGUGCAAGGGUGGCUUCUCCCUGAGAUGCCUGGGCUCAUCACUGACAUCCUGAUCUCGCUGGACGACAGGUUCCUGUACUUCAGCAACUGGCUGCACGGGGACGUCCGGCAGUACGACAUCUCCAGCACCCGCCAGCCCAAGCUGGUGGGACAGGUGUUCCUGGGAGGCAGCAUCACCACAGGGGGGCCUGUCACCGUGGUGGAAGACCAGGAACUGCAGUGUCAGCCCGAGCCAUUUGUGAUCAAAGGGAAGAGGGUGCAGGGUGGACCUCAGAUGCUUCAGCUCAGCUUGGAUGGGAAGAGGUUGUACGUCACCACGUCGCUCUACAGCGGGUGGGACAAGCAGUUCUACCCAGAGCUUCUCAAGGAAGGCUCUGUCAUGCUGCAGAUUGAUGUGGACACUGAGAGAGGUGGAUUGAAAGUGAAUCAAAACUUCCUAGUGGAUUUUGGGAAGGAGCCUGAUGGGCCUGUCCUGGCUCAUGAGAUUCGUUACCCUGGUGGAGACUGUACCUCUGAUAUCUGGAUGUGAUUGUUGUCUGGAGCUGGUUUUGCUUUGUUUUGGGGUUUAUUUUUCCUGUCUUUUUUUUCUCUUUCUACUUCUUUGUCCUCCCUACCUUCCACUGCCCUUUUGUAGAGGUGAAUCCAUUCAGCUGGAACUUUGUGCCCUGAUCAAUUUUAGGUGAACCACAGAAGCUCCACUUCUCAUUCUGAGGCAUCCAAGUGAAUCUCUCUGAGCCAUGAUCUCCAUCUCAGGUCUUCUGCUCCUUCUUUCUCUUUCACAAGCUCCCUGUUGACUGUAGGUUUCAAGGCCAAGGUCACCAGUCUUUUAAGGACUGUUUGCCUUGUUUAGUGCCACUUUGCUUUGCCCUUGUUUGUUGGUGGAGAAGCUGGUCCUGAGAAACUCCAUAAGAAGGAUACAUUCGUAGCACUUGCCUCAGGACAAGAGUGUCCUGCCCUGCAAAGCUUAAUUUCCUCAUAAAUUCAUCAGUGCUUCACAGCAGACACUCUGAAAAUCAUGUGCAUCUGAUCUGAAGCCACAGGUUUCUGGAGCUGGGUUAUAUUUUAACGUGUACACUGAUGUUAUAAGAAUCACCAAUAAAAUUGUUCUUCAAGUCA